AAACAUGAAUGUUUGUCAUUUCUAAAGCUAUGCUGGACAAUGUAUGACAAACUGUGUGAUGGUGGUUUUCUUUCCAAAUAUCACAUACUGCCAAGGGACCCUGGCCAAGGCUACAUGAUUGGUGGAGCGCUGGCAACAACAUCUGCAUCUACAAAUUAACUUUAAGUGCAGUUUAUGCACCAGGAAAAGCUUUUGUCUUCUGCAUUAGGAGGAGCAAAAAAAGAAAGAGUCAGCUUUAGCUGUAGCAUUAGUGUUCGAGAUUGCAGCGAUCACAGAUGGUUCCUGCUGAGAACAUGAGUGUUUUCUCUGCAGCAGGUCGUUGUCCCAACUGCAGCUCCUCUGCCCACCCAGAGGUGGACAUAGCCAAGGCGGUGGUUUUGGGCAUGGUGCUAGUGCUAUUUGUAGUGUUUGGGGUCCUUGGCAACAUCUUGGUCAUCCUGUCCGUGUUAUUCCACCACCACUGGCGUUCUGUGACACACUACUUCAUUGCCAACUUGGCAGCUGCAGACCUGCUGCUCAGCUCCGCCGUCCUGCCCUUCUCAGCAACCUCGGAGGCUCUGGGCAGAUGGGUGUUUGGCCGGUCCUUCUGCAGCGUCUGGGCAGCCCUGGAUGUCCUCUGCUGCACUGCCUCCAUCCUCAGCCUGUGCGUGAUCUCAAUCGACCGGUAUCUGGCUGUCAGCUACCCUCUGCGCUACACUGCCAUAGCUACAGGGAGGCGAGGCCUUACCGCAGUGGCUGCCCUAUGGGGACUCUCAGCAGCUAUAUCUGUAGGCCCUCUGUUUGGCUGGAAGGAGCCCGACCCAGAAGAUGAGACAGUGUGCCGAAUUACAGAGGAACCUGGCUAUGCUUUGUUCUCAGCAUUAGGAUCUUUCUAUAUACCUCUGGCCAUCAUUCUAGCCAUGUACUGCCGGGUGUAUACUGUGGCAAAGAGAGAGACAAAAACCCUCAGGAAGGGCAGUAAGGGAGAUGGGGUAGAGACAGAAGGGGUAAUGCUGAGGAUGCACAGAGGAAAUGCUGCUCAGACAGGGAAGCAAGAGGAUGAAAACGGCACCAUGAGGCAUAAACGCACCACCUUUUCCCUGCCGAAGCUGCUGAAGUUCUCAAGAGAGGAGAAGGCAGCCAAGACUCUUGGCAUUGUUGUCGGGUGUUUCAUCCUGUGCUGGCUCCCUUUUUUUCUGGUUUUACCCAUUGGAUCCAUAUUUCCAUCCUGUAAGCCUUCUGAAACCAUCUUUAAGAUAACCUUCUGGCUGGGUUACCUCAACAGCUGCAUUAACCCCAUUAUCUACCCAUGUUUCAGCCGGGAGUUCAAGAAAGCCUUCCACAACGUGCUACAUGGUCGCUGCCUAAGAACUGGAGCACAGGCUGCCAAAAUGCACGGACACAUAACCACCCAUUCCUCCAGUCCAGGCCCCACGUCUAAUACCUCAAUUCUCUCAUCCCAGAGCUGUGUCACUGAUUCUUCAUGGUGUUGCUGCAGUGCCAUUUCAACCUCUUCCUCAUCUGUCAGUGGGCCAAAUGAAGCUCAAAGUGCACAAGUCCAGAGUAAGAGUCUGCUGAAGGCGUGGUGUUUCUCAGGAACUCCAACUCCAGUACCACAGAACCUCUCUAGUCACAGAUCAACAAAGGUCUUACGCCUUUCUCUUGGUAUUACAGGAGACGCUGUUUGAUUGGCAUGCUGAAGCAAUGCACCAAUUUUGAUCUUGUACCUCGUAAAUCAUGUACAACUUUUACAUUUAUGCUCCUCAAAGGCAUCAGAGUGCAGGGCCAGCUAACAGUUACUUGCCUCCACAGCAGGCAGAGGAGAACUCUGUUGCCUUAAGGCUUUAUGCCAGUUUAAAUGCCCCAAGCUGUCAAAUAAAUUAGGAAAGUGAAUGAAUAAUACUUUCUACAUUCAGUAGCUACUGCUGGGGUGUUAUUGAACUUGAGUAUGAAUGCAUGGCAAGACACUUAGACCUAUGAAUUAAAACAAAUUUCUUUGGUUAAAAAAUGCAAGUCAAAACCAUGUUUGUAAGUAUGAAUACUGGGUUUGAAGGGAUAGCCGUGAGUGUGUGGCAAGGAAUAAAAGAGAAUCUUUAGUGAUACACAUUAGUGGUAUUUCUGCAGAUUGCACAUAAGCCCUUAAGGGUAAGAGAUUCAUCAACCCCAGCACAAUUAGCAUUCACUGACAGCUCUGUGAAAGUGGAAGUUGGUGUAGUCUAUGAAUAUUUGUAAUAUAUAUGCGACCUGUGUCAAAAAGGAUUUGAUUUUGACAUUUCAGUCAUAGACUGAAAAAAAGUUAAAAACUAUAGGGGAAUGAGAAAUAUUGGUUGAUAUUUGGGUGUGGGAUAAAUACCUGGAAACAAAUGAAAACCAGGAGAAAAGAAGCCCAUCUUUGUACCCGUCUGAUUCUUUUCAUGUUCAGUUUUGUUUUUGUUGAGGCUAUGUUGAAUCAGCUUUUAAUGUCUCACAUCACACAUGUUUCUUUCCUCUCAGUCUUGGUGAAGGAUGGCUACUGGUUUUUGGCGGUACAGUCCUUCAGAGCCAUGUUCUCCCCAUGCAAACACUGGAAAAUUGUUUGAAACAGAUGAGUAAUUCAAGCUGUGUCUGUUUGUGCAUCUUUGUUAUCUGUAAUUGGCAUCUGUAUGUGUUUCUUUUCUUUUUGUC